AUGGAAGCUCUCAAGAACACCUCUACUGUCUCUGCUGUCGAAGUCAACCCCUUCGAUAUCAAGGCUGCGCGAACAUCUGCUGUAAACGCCGCCAUCAACGUCUUCACAAUUGACCAAGGGCACGUCACGAUCCCCAACGACCUCUGCCCUCUCGAUGCACUCUCCAGCAUCCUCCGCAACAUCUCAUCUGUCUUUGAGCUCGACGUCUGCCCCGAGCUCAACCUUACAUGCCGCGACAUCCUCCACCGCAUCCUCCAAUCCAUCUUUGACACAAACACUCAAUUGGCUCUCGAGCAAGAGACAUCCGAGAUCUUUGCCCAUCUGAGCUCCAAGCAACAAGCCCGCAUCCUCGCCCAGGCCAUCGCCGCUUUCACCGUCGUCUUCCAGCGUCUGGCCCAAACUGGCGAGAAGGUCAACUAUGGCGUCCUGAACCGCGAAGCGCAGCUCUUCGCCGAGAGCGACCAGCGGGCUUUGAUGCAGGGUCUCAUCGAGGGUGACAAUGUAUUUGAGGAAUGUCGCAAGAAGAGUGACAUCGCCGAGGCCAUCCUCGCUGCUAUUGACGCUGACGAGGAUGCUGCGAUACCUCAGCCAGUGGCUGCCGACGACAAGCACGACUUUGUCUUCUCACCAAGCGCAGCUCUGGAACACAAGAGCAUGGGCGUGCCUUGGGGCUUCAGCAUCAUGGCCAUCAACUAG